CUCUUGCACAAAAAGAAAAAAAAAAGAAAAAGCAAUAUGGCAUUGGCGUGAACUUCAUGUGUGCUAGGAUGCAUUGCUGGAUACAUGCAUCCACAAUGGGCAGAAAGGCUCUGGCGCAGCGUUGCAGGGUUCGGGGGAUUACUUAUUCACUGUGUUCCUGGAACAGCUCCAGCCUUCCUGUCCCUGCCUCCAGUGUACAAAUUCAUCAAGUAUCCACAGGGCUCACAAUCCCCCCGCAGCAAGAGAAGACAGCAGGGAGGUGAUUCAUAUCGCAGAGCACACCAUCUCUGAAGGACCUGCAGGAUUCGGGGAAGGCUGAGCCGGCAUCCUCCCUUCUUCUACCUCCCUAAUUCAGGGUAAUUAAGGCAGCAGACUUGGUCAGGAUGGAUUUCAUUGCUGGGGCCAUCGGAGGUGGCCUCAGCACAGCAGUGGGGUAUCCGCUGGACACAGUGAAGGUGAGAAUUCAGACGGAGAGGCAUUACAAGGGCAUUUGGCACUGCAUUCAAGAAACAUACAGGACAGAAAAAGUUUUGGGAUUUUACAAAGGGGUGUCUGCAUCGGUUUUCUCAGUGUCGCUGAUUUCGUCCGUUUCAUUUGGCACCUACAGAAACUUCCUUUGUAACAUCUGCAAGCUGCGAUACGGCACUGCCGACGCCAAGCCUUCCAAGCUGGAUGUUUCCCUGGCUGGAGGUGCCGCUGGUGCUGUGCGGGUUGUGCUGAUGGCACCCAGUGAAGUGGCUAAAGUUCGGAUGCAGACCCAGAGGAACCCCCAUCCUUCUGCCAUGUCUCCCCAGUCCAACUCCAAGCCAAAGUACCGAGGGUCUCUGCACUGUCUGAAGGUGAUCGCCAAGGAGGAAGGCUUUGGGGGUCUCUACAAGGGCUGCUCUGCAUUGCUCUGCAGGGAUUGCUCUUCUUCUGCAAUAUAUUUCCUUACCUAUUCUACCCUCUGUGACUGGCUCACGCCAACUGGGAGAAACAAACCAGGUUUCCUGGUCGUGCUGCUUUCUGGUGGCUUUGCUGGAGUCCUGGCCUGGGGAUUAGCUACCCCCAUGGACGUCCUCAAAUCACGAAUGCAAGUGGACGAAUCGGGGCAGCACAAGUACAGGGGCCUCAUCCACUGCGCGAGACAAAGCGUGAGAGAGGAGGGCGUGAAAGUGCUUUUCAAGGGUCUGGGGUUGAACUGCAUUCGGGCCUUUCCUGUGAACAUGGUGGUGUUUGUCACAUACGAAGCCGUACUGAGAUUUACAGAUCAUUUUACAAACAAAAAGUAGCUCAUGCAGCUCUGUUGUGAGGUGUAUUUUGUUCAGGUUGUUUUAUUUUUGUAGCACAACACACGCACAGCCGCUGAGCUCUGCUCUCCGCUGAUGGACAGAAUAAGCAGGGACAUUUCAGCACAACGCCAGAUGACUGACAUCCUUGUUUUCUUCUUAUAGGAUUACAAACUCAUCAGGGAGUCUUGCAUUUGUGUACAACAUCCCUUUUAUCUUGUUAAUGUAUUUAUACCGUAGCCUCUGAGACUUUUGCAAAUAUUUAUCCUCUAAAAAGCUGCUAGUCCUAGAGAUUUUUGGGAAAGGUUUCAUUUUGUUUUCUACUAGCACAGAAAACAACCUUCACUGCUGAAGUUGAAGGGACUUUGUGUAUGAUUUAACACUAUGCGGUGUGUCCUGUAAGGCAUUCACUGAGCAAUUUACAUAUUUGUGCUUCAAGCCACAGCUGGUGGACCGUUCAUCCCCAGCUGUAAUUCUGCUGAAGUUCUCUACGAUUACAUCCCUUCGGUAGCGGGUGAAAUAUGAAUCUCCUUGCUUUUUCCUGGCAUUUCUUCAUGAGUGGCAGAGAUGGUCUGCUUACAUAAUCGCUCUAAUGGCCUCAUUGGAAGUGAAAACAGGCAUUGAUUCUGGAAAUCACGUGUUUUUUUCCCAGCGUAGUCCCCAGCCGCAGAUCCUCAGUCCCCUUCUGGCAGCUGGGCGCACCGCAUGCCUGGUGGUGGCCAGAGCUUCCACAACCCGCUCUGGUCCUGCAAGGAGGGUUGGGGUGGAUGCAAGAAAGCUUUGCUCCUCAGGGGAGAGACCGCCAUGAAAUCUGUGCGUUGGGCGGCUAGGUAAGUUAAAGAAUUGCAAAACUGUAUAGCAUAAGACUUGUCACUUAAAAAAAAAAAAAAAAAAAGCAUCCUCUUUUCACUUAAAAAUGCAUUGUUAGGAGCAGCCAAAUGUAUUUUUUUUUUCCCCAAAGUUACAUUUUGAUGGAAUCUGGCUUUAAUCUUAAUUUGCUGGUCCUGGCUCAGAAGCAAUGUAGAUGUUUUCUUUCUCCAUUUUUCUCCCUGGGUGGUGAACUCUGGACUGGGCUGGAUCUGUUCCCCUAUCAGAAUCUGCUGGAAAUGUGCUUUUUUAGAGGGAAAAAGGAAGACCAUUUUUUAAAGUGAGUUCUCUUACUCAGUUUGGUGACCUGGUCCACAUGCACUUUUAGCAGUUGAUAGCACAGACCUGAUUACACUAACAGCAAUUUUGCAGCAGGCAGGACUUGGCAGGUACCCUGGACAUGAAGGCAAGGAUCUUGUACUAGAAGGACAAGUUUAAAAAUUUCAGAUGCUACUGGGAAAGAAUAAAGGCAAUCUCUUUCAGAUAUAAACUAGUAAAAAGUUCCAGAACUGUCCUGAAAUCUAAGCCUUCAACUUGCUAUUUAGACCUCUUCACAGCCAUACAAUUAUCAGAAUUUUUAUCAGAACAAUUAUCAGAAUAUUGGUCUGAGUCUGUCCAGGUCUUGCAGCUGAUUCAAGAGCAGGUUUAAGAGGCCAGACAGGUGCAGAGUAUGUCACCUUACAGGGGAGUGAAAUGAAAGACCCAACACUGAACCUGACUCUAUCCCAAAGCAUGUACGGCCUCAGCAAGCUACAAUCUCCACUUAUACUUUUAGGAUGUCAGCUCCAAACCUCCUUUAUCUGAAAGUCCUUACAACAGAUUUAAUUGAGUCCUAAAGGUUUGGAAUUUCUCUUAAGAUGGUUCCUAAGAGACUACCACCUUCAGCUCUUUCUACAAGGGAUGCAUCUGAGUGCUGUCCCAGUAGGGCAGGGAUUUAUCCCAGCUCUGUUGGGAUGUUUUCUGGAAUCAAGUUUCUUUACACCAUAUUAUUCUCAGCUGACUUUACUUCUCAGGCGUUAUAUCCUGUGAACAGAGACAGCAAAAUAUGCCUGUAUAUCAGACAAAACAAUCAUUUAUUAUUAGGGAGUGUUGAUACCAUCCAUGGUCAGCCUGAGGUUUGAAAAAAAAUCUAAUCAAAAAUAGCUCAGAUUACCCAAUAAAUUCAAGCAUUCAGAUGACUAAAAAUGCCUCUUCCUGUGGGUGUAACUGCCAUACAGCUUGUUUCAAGAAGUAGGAAUUACAGAUGAAUUAUAAAAUUAGUGGGAACAACCAUGGAAGCAAGUGAGAGGAGUUGAGAAAUGUGAGCCUCCAGGUAUUCAGCAUCACAUAAAAGCAGGUUCUCACCUAGCCUGAACAAAUACUGGAUUAGAGGUAAGUUGUAACUAGACAACUUAUUUCAGGAAGCUACCUGCUUGGAAUCCAGUGUCCCACAAGCCUUUAUUGAAAAAAAUACACAGAGUAUGGCUAGCAACCUGCUGUAGAGCAAGAACCCACAGUUAGUUCACGCUGAUAUAAACUACCCCCAGGCAAAGGUAUUGUCUGUGUAAGCACUGUAAACCCAGGCACAUAAAUAAGAACUGACUUUUGUUUAACGACACGACACAGUGUACAUAUUGUGCAAUUAACUACAUAUACAGCAAGCUGGGUGCUUGGCUUGUGGAUUUCAGAACUUGGCUGCUUUAUUUUCUGAUUCCUUUGUAUUACCUUGACCUUCAGCUACUCUAUUUGCUUCUCUGAUAAUCACAGAACUAUUUCUUCUGAUAUCCAGCUGAAGGCCAGCCAGCAGAAUGAAGAUACCACAUAGCUCUCUGCAUAGACUAUUUCUUUCAGUAACAAACUUGCUGGCUGUGAAUAAAGAAAUUUUUCUUUCGAAGUCACGUUCUGCUUCAUGUUGCUGAUAGUUCCUGUUUUCUCUGACAGUGUUUAACAAUAUCCAGACAGGUUUCAGUAUUCCUCUUAGUGACUGUGGAAAAGCCAAGUGAAGCUAUUCAGAAUCUGUGCUCCCCAGACAGCUGGAGCCCAUUUAAGUGCAAGUCUUUCACACCAAACCUACAGAAACAUCGUGGUAACAGGUCACAUUGACCUCCCCUUGUUUCUAAGCUGGCUGCUGUACACAAGGAAAUUCAACAUCCAGUGUUCCUUGCAACCUGUUAAUCCUUCAUUACCUUGCUCUGGGAGCAAUCUGAGGUUUAUCUGUUAAGACCAGAUAGACGGGGUUACAAGGCCCCCUUUUUCACUAUUUGAAAGGCACUGGACAUCAAAAGAAUGACCGACUCCAUGGGGUGACUAAAUCAACAACCAGAAGGGAAGGAAGAGGUCAAAAAUAAGGUAAAUUAAGCCUUUUAAAAGUUAAAAAAUAAAUAAAAAAACAACCACCAAACAAGUUUGAUACAGACUUUUAUCUACAUUUUUAUUACAGUGAGAUAAACAAAAUAUUACAAGUUGAGGAAAAUGUAAUGAACAUUGCCUGAUAAUGUCAUUAGACAUUUCACCCAUACAUUUGAAGACUGCCUUGUCUUAACCUUUAAAUACCUCUGGGACGUUAAUUAUAAUUGCAGCAGAUUUAGGAACUUACCAAGACUCCUCUAAGAAACUGUCAUUUCAGAAGCACAUUUUGUAAGCACAUCGCUUGCUCAGUAAACAAGUAUUAAUUUUGCAAUCACUUUCCUUUCUAAAACUUUCAGGACAGAUUUUAACUGCUGUGUCAUAAAAUUAAUCCAUAUACCUAAUUAGAGUAGAACACACUGCUAUUUCUCCUACAGUGUACUUCCCCUUCCUGAAUCAUAGAGUCAUAGAAUAUCCCGAGUUGGAAGGGACCCAUAAGGAUCAUCAAGUCCAACUCCUGGCACCGCACAGGUCUGCCCAAAGUUUAGACCAUGUGACUAAGUGCACAGUCCAAUCGCUUUUUAAAUUCAGACAGGCUUGGUGCAGUGACUACGUCCCUGGGGAGCCUGUUCCAGUGUGUGACCACCCGUUCGGUGAAGAACCUCUUCCCGAUGUCCAGCCUAAAAUUCCCCCGCCUCAGCUUAACACCAUUCCCACGGGUCCUAUCACUGGUGUUUACAGUGAAUAGGUCACCUGCCUCUCCACUCCCCUUCGCGAGGAAGUUGUAGACCGCGAUGAGGUCCCCCCAGGUAAGUGAGGCACCCCCCCCCAGUAACUAAAUUCUUAGUUAAUGAAAUAAAUCUUGCAGGACAGUUCUGCAUAUAAUGUUUUCAGGAAGAAAUUUGCAUUAUGAGUUUAUAAAAGCCCUUUAAAAGUCACUUGAAGUCUUACCUUCUAUGCAUGGCUUAAAAACAGCAAAGAGCAGACUGCGAGAACAGGAAGGUCAUCACUGAAGUCUACAGUUACCACAAAUUAGUUUAUUUGCUACUGUAUUUAAGAAGCUAUUUUUCUUUUCUAAGAAUUGCACAAACACUUAAAAAAAUGCUUUUCUAUUGAUUGUUAAACACUUGUCGGCACUAAGAUACUAUACCCAUGGGUUAUAGAGAGGUAGUGGCUGGUAAAUGUUUACUUUAAUAUAUUAAGUCCAUGACAUUAGAUUAGCGAUACCAGGUCACAUAAACUGUAAAGAAAAAGACAAAACCUAGGCAUUGAUCUUCCAGCACACAUUUGGAACACAUGCAGUAGGACUAAGCUUGCUUUGCAUUUCUCUCUCCCCUCAGUCCCUUGCUCAAAUAUGAUGAUAACACUAGCAGUGCUACUUCAUAUACAGCUUGGUGCACAGGCAUUUCCACCUCAGAAACGCAGGCCAUUGCUGGGGAGGAUGUGUGCAUUGUGGUGCAGAACUGCUGCAGCUGGAAAGGGGGCAGCACUGGCCCCAGGCUGGGCAAAUAACCCAACCCGUUCUUCACGUGCUAACAGGCUGAUGCAAGGUCUCCGAGUCAGUGAAACAUUUCCCUCAACUCAAGUGUAAUCAGCUGACUUCAAGGGUUUACACACUAAAGUGCAUUACUUAAUUUUAUUUUUUUUUUCAAAAAGAAUGUUAAAAUCACUAAGUGUCUAGUAGCCCCCACACUACAGAACCUGUUAAAUUUUAAAUCUUUCACACCUUAUUCUAGUGCCUUCCUUAUGUUUGAAAUGAUUUGCAAAUACCAUGCCUCAAUACCCACCUGUAUUAUCAAAGGUAUUUUUAUUUGAUUUAGAUAAGGCUGUCUGGGCUAGCAACUGUAUGUUCUAUAUAAAUAGAAGACAGAUCUAAUAGUUUCCAUUCAGCGCUGUACAUACAGAAACAAAUUAGCAAAUUAUUCAAUUUUUUUCAUAAAUCAUAGCAGACAUUACAGAUCAUUUUAAGAAAGGAGAUACUGAGAUAUUACAUGAGGUAUUUUAACAAAGUGUAUUUUCUCUCUUAAAUACAUCUUAAAAUGUAAGUAACCCUAUCUUGACCUGGUGCAGAAGAACAGGACAGGGCAGCACUGUAAGUAUCCCUGCGUCCAGCAGCAACUUCAUAUUCACAGUAUGAUUCAGCAUUUAGUAUUUUCAUAACUAAAAUUUGCAUUUCUCUAAUAUCUUCCACUUGAGAAUAUCAAGGAACUUCAUAACCUUGUGAUUGCCUCUUUCCUUCAGAGGCAUUCAGACCAGUUAAAUAGAAACAGAAAUAGAGUGAAACUUGCCCCAGGUCAAAGACGAAGAGGAUUGCAAAACCAGCCUGAUUUUCUUUCUCCCAUGUUCAAUUCACAGAUCUCCAUUCCUGUUGCAUUGAUCCAAGGCCUAAGUUACUGUGUAAUCUGCUUUGUAACAUCCACUUUGUGUGU